UUUACUAGCUUUCUUUCUUUCUAGAUAAGGAUUUACCACCCCUUUUGUUUCUCUAGCUUUCGAGUUUUUGCAUUUCAUUUUUGUUAAUCUUGUAGUUUUUUUAUGGUACUCUAAGUCUGUCAAGUGUUUGUACUUAAAGAGAUCUAACAACUUGAAUUCUAUCGUAUAUAGAAAAAUUAAAGUAAUUACAACCAAGAAAAAUAACGGAAACAUUUAUCAAAUGGAAAACAAAUGGAGAAGAAGAAGAAGCUAUAUCACCAAGAAUUUACAAAGUUGUGUACAUGUUAAAAACUGGGAUUUUAUGCGGACUGUUAUGGUGUGGUAUGAUCUUUUUCACAAGUCAGUCAGUGUUUAAUAUGCAGCGUUAAUCAAAGGUUUUUCUUUUUUCGACCGAUUUUAUUGCCAGUAAAAAAGGGAUUUUUUUUUGUUAAUAGAGUUUUAAGUUUUCUUUUUCUGAAGAAAAUGAGACUGUCAAGGUUAGAAAUGUGAAAAAUAUGAAGGUCCAGGUUUAUCAGAUGAUGGUACAUGUGAGAAUAUUGUGUUGGAGCUACCAAAUUAGAGCGAAACAUUUUUGCAGAGUCAGUUUUAUUAAUUUGCAUAUAGAUUAUUUGCAGCUAAACAAGCUUUUUGGACGAUCAGCAUUUAUUAUUAUUUUAAACUUGAUGUCAUCUGCCAGUUGUAUGAGUUACAUCUGUGAAAGCAAGGUCUUAACUAUUCCUGUGUUUAAGAGCUAAGGUUUCUUUGGCAUUGCUUCAAUCUAACCAAGGUGUUUGAUGCCACUUCAUCUGUUUUGCCUUGAUAAGGAGGGGGGGGGGGGGUAAAUUCCUGAUGCAUUUGCUUGCCCUUUACUGGGCUCAAAUUUGAUGCUUCUAUGCCAAGGCAGUGUGACAUCCUUUGCUGGAUUACUCUGGAGGGCGAUAUGCCCUCCGUGUUUCUGUUCAAGAUUUUAUUGUGCAAAAUUGGUUAUGGUUCGUGGAAGAGAUGCAUGUUGGGAGCACUGUGUUCUUGUGGAUGCCACGAGACAGAAGGUUAGAUGUAAUUAUUGUCAUCGGGAGUUCAGUGGAGGGGUAUACCGAAUGAAGUUUCAUUUGGCUCAAAUAAAGAACAAAGAUAUAGUACCCUGUGCAGAAGUUCCAGAUGAUGUGCGGGAUCACAUUCGUGUUAUAUUAAGCACUCCCAAGAAGCAGAAAACUCCCAAGAAACUGAGGGUGGACCGGGCAGCCAUUGCUCAACAAGAUAGCUCUUCAGCUAGUGGUGGUGCACAUCCUAACCAUGGAUCUAGUGGACAACAUGGUAGCACCGGCCCCUCUUUGUUAUUUCCACGUCCUUCACCUAGUGCACAGCCAGAAGUGGAUGAUGCUCGAAAGAAAAAGCAGGACGAUGCCGAUAAGAAAAUUGCUGUGUUCUUCUUCCACAAUUCUAUUCCCUUUAGUGCUUCUAAAUCCAUUUACUAUCAGGAAAUGGUGGAUGCUAUAGCAGAAUGCGGGGCAGGUUAUAGAGCUCCAAGUUAUGAAAAAUUGAGAUCUACCCUCCUGGAAAAAGUGAAAGAUGACAUACAUGACUGUUACAAGAAAUACAGAGAUGAGUGGAAAGAAACAGGUUGUACAAUCUUGUGUGAUAGCUGGUCUGAUGGUAGGAACAAAUCAAUUAUUGUAAUUUCAGUCACAUGCCCAAAAGGGACGCUAUUUUUGAAGUCAGUUGAUAUAUCAGGUCAUGAAGAUGAUACUACUUAUUUGUUCGAGUUGCUUGAGUCAAUUGUCUUGGAAGUUGGUGUGGAAAAUGUUGUACAAGUAAUAACAGAUAGUGCAACCAGCUAUGUAUAUGCAGGGAAGCUUCUCAUGUCCAAAUACAACUCAUUGUUUUGGUCGCCUUGUGCUUCUUAUUGUAUUGAUAAGAUGUUGGAGGAUAUUGGUAAACAAGAGUGGAUGGGGAUGGUUUUGGAAGAGGCAAAGACCAUUACACGCUAUAUGUAUAGCCAUGCAUGGACUUUGAACAUGAUGAGGAAGUUCACUGGUGGAAGUGAACUGAUCAGACCAAGAAUUAGUAGAUCUGUCGCUGAUUAUCUCUCCUUAAGGGCCAUUGUUAUUCAGGAGGACAAUCUAAAGAACAUGUUUUCACAAUCAGAAUGUCUAUCAUCCAUGCAUUGUAGACAUCCUGAGGCUCAAGCUAUCAAAUCCUUGCUGUAUCAAGAUCGCUUUUGGAAGUCUGCACAUGAAGCUGUCAGUGUGUCUGAACCUCUUAUUAAAAUUCUAAGGAUUGUUGAUGGGGACAUGCCUGCGAUGGGCUAUAUAUAUGAGGGAAUAGAGAGGGCAAAGUUUGCAAUCAAGGCAUACUAUAAGGGUAUUGAAGAAAAAUAUAUGCCAAUUUGGGAGAUCGUUGAUCGAGGAUGGAAUAAGCAGCUUCACUCCCCAUUACAGGCAGCCGCAGCAUUCCUUAAUCCUUCAAUUUUCUAUAACCCGAAUUUGAUUGAUUUGAGGAUGAGGAAUGGGUUUCAAGAAACUAUGAUAAAGAUGGCUACAACAGAUCGAGAUAAAAUAGAAAUCACUAAAGAACACCCAAUAUACAUAAAUGCACAAGGCGCUCUUGGUACAGAAUUUGCUAUUAUGGGAAGGACGCUGAAUUCCCCAGGUGAUUGGUGGGCUGGAUAUGGCUAUGAAAUCCCCACUCUGCAGAGAGUUGCCAUAAAGAUACUUAGCCAACCCUGUAGUUCCCACUGGUGCAGGUGGAAUCGGAGCACCUUUGAGAGCGUACACACCAAGAAACGUAACAGAGCGGAGCUUGAAAAAUUCAAUGAUUUGCUUUUUGCGCACUGCAAUCUUUGGUUACAAGCCAUUACCCAAAGUCAUGAUGGAAAAUGUAAACCUAUUAUCUAUGAUGAAAUAGAUGUUAGUUCAGAAUGGCCCACCGAGUUGGAACCUUCGAACCCUCUCUUGGAUGAUUCGUGGUUGGACAAUUUGCCCCUUGAUUGCGGAGGUAGUCCUUGAACUUGUGUAUAAAAGAAGAUAGCUAGCUAGAAUCAUUGAUUAUAUAAUGUUGUAUCUAGAAAACCAUACAAUAUGAAGAAUGUAGAGUUUCUUUUUACCUCAAGGUAUUUAUGUAAAAGAAUCUCUUGCUUCUGUUCUGAACUUACAACAGUUCUCUUCUCCAGGGAGCCUGGGAGUAUCAUUUCAGGCUGCGGUAGUGACCUUUUCCUGCAUUUUGUUUGUUGGCUUCUGCUAUUUGGGUUACUGAAGCACCAAAUUCCACAGAGAGUGCUAACUUGUUGAAAAGCACUGUAGAUCAAUAUGGUUGCGUUGGCAUUGACUUUUGUCAUUUUCUCGUAACCAAGUUGUCCAGUUGGAGUAAUCUGUCGAAGGUUUCAUUUUCAGCAGGGACUCUUUUUCUUGCUGCUUUA